AUGUCGUCGCUCCCGCCAGAUCACCCCAGGGCCGAUGCGCCGAUCAACGACGAGCACCAGAACAUGCCCGAGGCUGAAUCGCAGAUCAAGGCCGAAGAACCUGUGGCAGCACCCGCACCCGCACCACAGAGCAGCAAUGCGACUCCUGCACCUGCCCUCGCCCCGAAAUCUACACCUACACCUCAGACUGCCUCCCUAGCCCCCCCCAUGGCUACCCCUACCCCUACUCCGACAGCAGCACCAGUGGCAGCACCAGUGGCAGCACCAGUGGCAGCUCCAGCUCAAGCACCAGCUCCAGCACCAGCUCCAGCUCCAGCUCCAGCUUCAGCACCAGUAGCAGCACCAGCUUCAGCACAAGCUUCAGCUCCAGCACCAGCACCAGCUCCAGCACCAGCUCCAGCACCAGCACCAGCAUCCUCGAAGGCGAUCGCGGCCGGUCUUACCAAGAAGGAUUUUGAAAUCAUGAACGGCAUUCUGCAGCGCCUUACGAAUCACAAGGACGCAGAUGGCCGUGAGGUUUCCAAAGACUUUCAGCGAGUGGUCAGCAGGAGAAUGUUGCCGGACUAUUACGAGAUCAUCAAAGAACCGACUGCUUUCAGUACUCUUCGGAGCAAAAUCACCAAGAAGCUGUACACAAACUUCAAAGAAUUCAUUCGAGACUUCGCUCUUAUCAGUCACAAUGCCCAGGUGUACAACCGCCCUUCGGCCAUGGUAUACGGUGAUGCCAUAACUAUUCGGACCUUGUUCAAGGCUGAGCUACAGAAGCUGGUAGAGGACAAGGUCAUCACUGUAGAAGAAGCUGAGUUGCCAUACCUUGGUGAAAUCCCGGAAGUCGAAGACUCUCCGCCGCCGCUUCCCGAGGACGAAGAACUUGACGAGGACGAAGAUGAAGAGGACGAGGAUGACGAGGAGGAUGACGACUCCGACGAUGACAAACCCCGGCGGAACCGAAAGAAGGGCAGAAGAUCCCCGACAACGGCGAAGAAGGACGGCAAAUUCGAUGAAGGUGGUGGCAAAGACGACCCCGAGGCCCAGAAGAGACGCGGGCGCCCGCCGAAGGUGCUCACUCCUAUGGAGGCUCGAAUCAACUCUAUACUGAAAGGACUACGCAAGCACAAGAGCUCCGAUGGUGAGCUGAAGAUUCUGCCCUUCGAAAGACUGCCAGACAAGUCAGAGCUGCCAGAUUACUACCAGGAGAUCAAGAACCCAAUCGCAAUGGAUACGAUCAAGAAGAAGGCGAAGAGGAAGAAGUACCAUUCUGUCGACCAGGCGAUGAAGGACCUGGAGCUGAUGUUCGAGAAUGCUAAGCUCUACAACGUAGAAGACAGCGAAGUCUACCAGUUUGCCGUCGACUUGCAAAAGGAAGCCCGAAUCUUGGCAGAGCAAGAGAAGCAGAAGCCUGAUAGCGAUUUCGUGGAUGAUGACGGCCGCCUUCCUGUGCCCGAGAUUCUGUACAGCAAUGAGAUAUGGAAGGUUGGAGACUGGAUUCAUUUGGCCAAUCCCAACGACGUGACGAAGCCGAUUGUCGCUCAGAUCUAUCGAACAUGGCAGGAUCCUAAAGGGGAGAAAUGGAUCAACGCUUGCUGGUACUACAGACCCGAACAGACUGUGCACCGUUACGAGAAACACUUUUUUGAGCAUGAAGUUGUCAAGACCGGUCAGUAUCGAGAUCACAAGAUUGAAGAGGUUGUUGAUCGCUGCUUUGUCAUGUUCUUCACCCGCUUCAAUAAAGGCCGCCCCCGUGGCUUUCCGGCUGACAAGGAGGUGUAUGUCUGCGAGGCUCGCUACAAUGAAGAGAAGUUCAAGCUUAACAAAAUCAAGACUUGGGCGAGCUGCGUUCCAGACGAGGUUAGAGACAAGGAUUACGAGAUGGAUCUGUUUGAUUCUCCGAGAAAGAUCAAGAAGGUCCCCAGCCCUAUCAAACAUCUGCUGCGAGAGGAUGCCAAAGAGGAUGACCCCCUUCCAAAGCCCACCUGGGGAGCCCCGAACGCCCCACCCAUCGUGGGAGCUGUUCAUCGACGACCGAGGGAAACAAAUGUACGUACUACCAUACUUAUUUUUCCAACAUUGCCUCCAGCACACUGGACUUACAUUGAACAGGAAUCUCCACCUCCAGAGGCAACUCCUUCGCCACCUCCGCCAUCACCUGAGCCUGUUCGCCGUUCGGCGACAAAUGAUCGACUACACUACGAGAGGGGAGAUACCAACAUGUCUGGUGCAUCACCAAAUGCUCCUCUGCCAUCACCCUCGGCACCUCAGAAUUCGGGCCCAGCGUACAACCAACCAUUUGCCCAGUCCCGCCCAGCGGCUUCGCCCGCGCCUCUCAAACAUCAAACUUCCUAUGGAUCCCAUGGGGCGAAUCCCGGAAUUCUUCAGCCGCCUCUAUACCCGCCCCAAAGUGGAUACCAGUAUAACAGUUCUUCGACACAAAUAGCCCAGCAACCUAAUCCACUUGCCAACCACAAUCAAUACCAGAGUAGUCAUACAACACCGAGAUCAACCGUACCGGCUCAUCACUCCUCUGGCGGCGCCGUCUACAAUCCGCCACGUGCAGUCGAGGUUUAUACCCUCGGAGAAUCUGCGAAUUUGGCCAUUCCCGCUGACAUCCGUGCUCAAUUUCAUCACGAUGAGUCCGGCAAGGUCAUCUUCUAUACCGCGCCCCCAUUGGAUAUCAACCCUAUUCCACAAGAGAAACAGGCCCUCGGUCACAGUCUUCGAUACCUUGCCGACAAGGCACGUAGUAAGGAAGAAGAUGAAAAAAAGCGUAAAGCUCGCGCCAUCGAAAUGGAAACAGCAGCCAGUGCAAGACUGAAGAGAUUGAAAAUUCACGCCGAGGGUAGGUCGGAUUGGAUGUUGACCGAGAGGCUGAAUCUCCUCGGUCGGUGGAAUGAUGAGAUCAAUAAGGGAACGGAUGAGUUGUAUCAAAAACUCUAUGGCGAAGAUUGGGAAGAAGUUCGGGAUCAGGACAUCAUCAGAUUGGCCGCUCGGCAAGAGCAGACGUUCGCCAAAGAACGGGAAGUCGAAGCUUUUUAUAGAAAGCGAUCGGAGAGCAGAGACGUUAAGAUUGAAGGGUUUAGAUGGAUAUGA